AUAUUACGUGGCUAAGGAAGGAAGAAAGAGAAAGGGAAAAUCGCCGGUAACUUCUGUACAGUUCCAUUCACUGCAGUCAGGCCAUAGAAGAAGGUCCUGCUUUCCGAUCUUCGAAGAAUUGGCUAACUUGAAGGAUCCAUUUUCCCUCUAAUUGCAAGAUCCAAGCUUUGUCGGAAGAGCUCAGAACCCAGAUGCGAAUGUCUCCUCCUGCUCAUUCGCAGCGAUCCCCAUCGCCUUCUCAACCAUCCGGAAAAGGAGAGGUCACGGAUCUGAAAGGGCAGCUCCGGCAGCUGGCUGGGAGCCGAGCUCCAGGGUCUGAUGAUUCCAAAAGAGAUCUUUUCAAGAAGGUGAUAUCCUACAUGACAAUCGGGGUGGAUGUAUCAUCUCUAUUCAGUGAGAUGGUAAUGUGCUCGGCCACUUCUGACAUUGUUCUAAAGAAAAUGUGCUAUUUGUAUGUGGGGAAUUAUGCCAAACACAAUCCUGAUCUUGCUCUUCUUACAAUUAAUUUUCUUCAACGGGAUUGCAAAGAUCAAGAUCCAAUGAUAAGGGGGCUUGCAUUGAGGAGUCUGUGUUCAUUGAGAGUUACCAAUUUGGUGGAAUACUUGGUGGGGCCUUUGGCUUCAGGAUUAACAGAUAGGAAUAAUUAUGUGAAGACGGUGGCAACAAUUGGGGUGUUGAAACUGUAUCAUAUAUCAGCUUCAACCUGUUUCGACUCUGAUUUUCCUUCAACUCUCAAGCACUUGAUGCUUAAUGAUCCAGAUCCCCAGGUAGUAGCCAAUUGUUUGUCUUCCCUACAAGAAAUCUGGAGUUUGGAAGCUAGCAAGUCUGAGGAGGCAUUGUCGGAGCGAGAAGCUUUGCUCAGUAAGCCUACAAUAUAUUACUUUUUAAACCGUAUCAAAGAAUUCAGUGAAUGGGCACAAUGUUUUGUUCUUGAUUUUGUAUCAAAAUAUGUACCCACUGACAGUAAUGAGAUAUUUGACAUCAUGAAUCUUCUGGAAGAUAGACUUCAACAUGCUAAUGGUGCUGUUGUCUUAGCAACGAUUAAACUGUUUCUGCAGUUGACACUAUCAAUGACUGACGUUCAUCAACAGGUUUAUGAACGAAUUAAAGCACCUCUGCUUACUCUGGUGAGUUCAGGAAGUCCAGAGCAGUCUUAUGCAGUUCUGGGUCACCUGCAUCUUUUGGUGAUGCGCGCACCAAUGCUGUUCUCUUCUGAUUAUAAACACUUUUACUGUCAAUAUAUCGACCCGUUUUAUGUGAAAAAAUUAAAGCUAGAUAUGUUGACUGUAGUGGCCAAUGAAAGUAAUACUUAUGAAAUUGUUACGGAAUUGUGUGAAUAUGUUGCAAAUGUUGAUAUUCCUAUUGCUAGAGAAUCCAUUCGUGCUGUGGGAAAAAUAGCUUUGCAACAAUACGAUGUCAAUGCUAUUGUGGAUAGGUUGCUUCAGUUCUUGGAAAUGGAGAAAGACUACGUAACAGCUGAAACUCUGGUUCUUGUAAAAGAUCUUCUAAGGAAAUAUCCACAAUGGAGUCAUGGCUGUAUUGCAGUUGUCGGGAACAUCAGCAGCAAAAAUAUACAAGAACCCAAAGCUAAGUCUGCUCUUAUCUGGAUGCUGGGAGAGUAUGCAGAGGAAAUGCAAGAUGCUCCUUAUGUUCUUGAAAGUCUUGUUGACAACUGGGAUGACGAACACUCUGCUGAAGUUCGUUUACAUCUCCUUACAGCAGUGUUAAAGUGUUUCUUGAGAAGGGCACCGGAGACUCAGAAAGCUCUGGGAGCUGCUUUGGCUGCGGGUCUUGCUGAUUUUCAUCAGGAUGUUCAUGACAGAGCCUUAUUCUACUACAGGAUCUUGAAACGUGAUGUUUCGUUGGCAGAACGUGUUGUGAAUCCUCCCAAACAAGCUGUGUCAGUCUUUGCCGAUACCCAAAACAACGAAAUCAAAGAUCGGAUAUUUGACGAAUUCAACAGCCUAUCUGUUCUAUAUCAAAAGCCGUCUUACAUGUUCACGGAUAAGGAACACAGAGAAGGUCAGUUUGCAUUUUCAGAAGAGAUUGGGAAUUUGUCAACAGGAAUAGAAACUGCAAUUAGUGUGGUACCUGCAGAGAUGGUGGAAGCGAGUGAUAACGAUCUUCUUCUAGGCAGUUCAGAAAAAGAAGAUAGCAUUAUCCCAAGCAGCAACGGUUCUGCUUACAAUGCUCCUCUUUACGAUCUCUCUUCUUCUUCUUCAACUCCCGCUUCACAACUAAACUUUGCAAUAGACGAUCUGCUUGGUCUCGGAUUGACAGUUGCACCCGAACCUAUCCCCGCCACCCUCAAGCUUAAUCCCCGACCCUCCCUUGAUCCCGCCACUUUCCAACAAAAAUGGCGCCAACUGCCUGUAUCCGUCUCCCAGGACACUUCGAUAACUCCACAAGGAGUGGGGGCAUUGACAACGCCUCAGGUUCUAUUGAGGCACAUGCAGGGGCAUUGUAUACAUUGCAUUGCAUCAGGCGGUCAAGCACCAAACUUCAAGUUCUUUUUCUUUGCUCAGAAAGCGGAGGAAUCAACAACCAGUUCUAGUACCUAUCUUGUAGAGUGUAUCGUGAAUUUGUCCACACGUAAAGCUCAAUUAAAGAUCAAAGCCGAUGAUCAGACAACUUCCAUGGCCUUUUCUGAUCUCUUCCAAUCUGCUUUGUCUGAGUUUGGAUUGCAAUAAGCCUCAUAACUUGUUGCAGCAGCCUGUUCUUAAUUAAUGGGAUUUUGAGUCUUCAAGAACGAAGACACAAGAUUGUGUAUUUGUAUGUGUUUGUGUUUGUGGGUUCAUCGGGAUAUGCAGAGAAAGGGGGGAAGGAAAUACUUUAUAAUAAUUUCGUUCAUGAAAACAUCACUACAUUCUUAAGAUAUUUCUAGGGUCAAUUUUAUACACUUUUAGAACUCUUGGGUUUUCCUUAAACCAGUUUCAAAGUUCAGGGGCCUAUUUGAUAA